GACUGGUCGGUCCAGAAAGCUCGCGCAAAAUGCGAUCUCAUACCUUGUGCAUAUCCACAUUAUUAACAUUACUAGUGUUUGUGUCGGCUGAAGAUGAUACCGUCGGACCGGUAUUCGUUCGCGAACCCCCAAACCGAAUCGAUUUCUCCAAUACAACGGGCGCGGUGGUGGAGUGCAGUGCACGUGGUCAUCCCCCUCCGGAAAUAAUAUGGGUUCGUUCCGAUGGCACGGCGGUUGGAGAUGUCCCAGGAUUACGGCAAGUUUUGGCCAACGGCAACCUGGUCUUCCCGCCCUUCCGCGCCGAAGACUACCGCCAAGAAGUACACGCUCAGAUCUACGCCUGCCUCGCGAAGAAUUCCGUUGGAUCGAUCCACUCGAAGGACGUCAACGUGCGUGCAGUGGUAAAUCAGUUCUAUAAAGCGGAAAUCCUGACCGAGUACGUUAUCCGAGGGAAUACCGCGAUUCUGAAAUGUAGCAUACCGUCUUUUGUUGCCGAUUUUGUUCACGUCGAAUCUUGGAUCGACGAUUCCGGAAAGAUACUCACAGUAUCGAACGAUUACGUGGUCGCACAAACCUACGAAGUCGAAGCGGACAAUGAAUACGUUAUACGUGGAAAUUCGGCCGUAAUGAAAUGCGAGGUGCCCUCUUUUGUAUCUGAUUUUGUUGUCGUCGAGAACUGGCAAGACUCUCGGGGCAACACUUACUUACCAGGAUCGGAUUAUGUGGUUAAUCAAUAUUUCGAAGCUCAAGUGUACGAUGUCUUCGUUAUAAAGGGAAAUACCGCAAUAUUCAAAUGUCAAAUACCAUCCUUUGUUUCCGAUCACGUCGAUAUAAUUUCAUGGCAAGACAGUGACAAAAAUAAGUAUCUUCCACCCGAUGAUAGUCAAUACGACAGCAAAUAUUUGGUCCUUCCAUCCGGCGAAUUGCACAUACGCGACGUGGGACCCGAAGAUGGAUACAAGACAUAUCAAUGCCGCACCAAGCAUCGACUAACCGGCGAGACCAGACUUAGCGCAACCAAAGGACGAUUGGUCAUCACCGAGCCCGUCGGUGUUAAGACGCCCGUCUUUUCCUCCGACAAUCUUAUCAAUGCUUUCGCACGGAAUUUCGGUCAAAGUUUCGCUCUUUUGUGUCAGGCGCAAGGGUUUCCUGUUCCGAGGUUCAGUCAGUUUUUCUUAGAGCCGAUCGGUAGUAAAGCUCCCGCUUUCUCGACUUCCGCCAAAAGUUCAACGUACGAAAUGAAGUCGGGCGGCAGUUUUUCAUUGCUUUGCCCUGCCCAGAGCUUACCGGUGCCAGCGUUCAGGUGGUACAAGUUCCUAGAAGGUACAACUCGCAAACAAGCCGUCCAAUUAAACGAUAGAGUUAAGCAAGUAGCCGGUACCUUAAUUAUUCGUGAAGCAAAAGUCGAAGAUUCCGGAAAAUACCUAUGCGUCGUUAACAACUCUGUCGGUGGCGAAAGCGUCGAAACCGUACUCACCGUUACCGCCCCUUUGAAGUCCUCCAUAGAACCGCAAGUGCAGACCAUUGAUUUCGGCAGACCCGCGGUUUUCACGUGUCAUUUUGAAGGUAACCCGAUUAAGACGAUCAGCUGGUUGAAAGAUGGCAAACGUCUCGAUCAUCACGAGGCUAUCCUAAGAAUCGAGGCCGUGCGAAAGGAGGAUAAGGGAAUGUACCAGUGUUUCAUUAGAAACGAUCAGGAAAGUGCCGAAGCGACCGCCGAGCUGAAGUUGGGCGGCCGAUUCGAGCCUCCUCAAAUUCGUCACGCCUUCGCCGAAGAAACCCUGCAACCCGGCUCUCACGUCUUUCUGAAGUGCAUCGCCGCCGGAAAUCCGACGCCCGAAAUCGCGUGGGAAUUGGACGGACGCCGACUUUCGAACAACGAUAGAUAUCAAAUUGGGCAAUACGUGACUGUCAACGGAGAUGUUGUUUCGAAUUUAAACGUAAGCGCGGCAAUCACCAAUGAUGGGGGUUUAUACAGGUGCAUCGCCAGCAGCAAGGUGGGAUCGGUCGAUCAUGCGGCUAGGAUUAACAUUUACGGACUUCCAUUUGUAAGAUCCAUGGAAAAACAGGCGAUUGUCGCUGGAGGAACUUUAAUUGUACAUUGCCCUGUCGCCGGUUACCCCAUCGACACCAUCGUAUGGGAGAGAGACGGACGCGUUUUACCUAUCAACCGAAAACAGAAGGUCUUUCCCAAUGGAACUCUUAUCAUUGAAAAUGUGGAACGAGCUUCUGACCAGGCAUCAUACACUUGCGUCGCGAAAAAUAGUCAAGGUUACAGCGCACGAGGAUCGUUGGAAGUUCAAGUUAUGGUUUCACCACGCAUUUCGCCAUUUUACUUUGAAAAUAAUCCGUUACAUGCUGGCCAGUAUACACAAGUCACGUGUUUGGUAUCGGAAGGCGACUUACCUUUGGAUAUAAUCUGGAUGUUGAAUGGUAAAAGUUUGGAGAGCUUUCCAGAGGUGUCCAUAUCAAAGAUUGGCAAAAGAAGCUCGAUAUUAUCGAUCGAAUCGGUUUCCUACACUAAUGUCGGAAACUAUACCUGCGAAGCUAGAAAUAAGGCUGGACUGGCUACUCACACCGUGCAUCUUCAAGUGAAUGUACCUCCGAGAAUCACACCCUUUACGUUUGAAGACAACCCCCUGCACGCGGGUCAAUUCGCGCAGGUCAAUUGUAAAAUCACAGAAGGAGAUUUGCCUCUAACAAUUGAAUGGAAGUUUAACAAUGAAUCUUUAAAAAGCCAUCCCGAGGUAUCGGUUGUGAAAAUCGGCCAACGGAGCUCGGCGCUUAGCAUAGACUCUGUUUCGCACACCAACGCGGGCAGCUACACGUGCGAAGUAAAGAACGAAGGAGGAUUCGCCAUCUAUCAGGCGCAGCUAUUAGUUAACGUUCUACCUCAUAUUGUACCUUUUCAUUUUGGGGAUUCCCCAAUAUUUUUGGACCAAGCUGUUCAAGUAACUUGCUUAGUGUCGGAAGGAGAUAUGCCUUUAGAAAUAUUCUGGAAUUUUUCUGGGAACGAUGUCACCAUAACUAAGAUCGGAAAUAAGGCUAAGUUGCUCUUUAUCGACUCUGUAACUGCGGCUCACAGUGGAGAUUACAGUUGCACUGCUAAAAAUAAGGCAGGGAGUGUUCGUUACACGGCUACUUUAGCUAUUUACGUUCCGCCAAGAUGGAUAUUAGAACCUACUGAUAAAGCAUUCGCUCAAGGUUCUGAUGCAGCAGUUGAAUGUAAGGCCGACGGCUUCCCCAAGCCUUCUGUGACAUGGAAACGGGCUACGGGAGUCGCGCCUGGAGACUAUAAAGAUUUUAAACCCAAUAAUCCCGAUAUUAAGGUCGAAGAAGGCACUUUAAUGAUUAAUAACAUUCAGAAAAACAAUGAGGGAUAUUAUUUAUGUGAGGCGGUUAAUGGAAUUGGUUCUGGCCUUUCAGCUGUGAUACUCAUCAGCGUUCAAGCUCCACCCCAAUUCGAUAUAAAACUGCGCAAUCAAACUUCCAGACGAGGCGAUCCCGCCGUUUUGCAAUGUGAAGCUAAAGGGGAAAAACCAAUUGGCAUUUUAUGGAAUAUCAAUAACAAACGUUUAGAACCCAAAGGAGACGCUCGUUACACAAUCAGAGAAGAAAUUUUGCCGACGGGAGUUAUUUCUGACCUAAGUAUUAAACGCACCGAUCGAUCCGAUACCGCUUUAUUCACUUGCGUGGCAACAAACGCCUUUGGCAGCGACGAUACUAGUAUUAAUAUGAUAGUGCAGGAGAUUCCCGAAGUACCGUACGGUCUAAAAGUGCUGGAUAAAUCUGGUCGCACCGUACAGUUGUCGUGGGUCGCACCGUAUGAUGGUAACACGCCAAUUACAAGAUACGUAAUCGAAUACAAACAAAGCAAGCUCGCCUGGGAAGGGGGAAUGGAAAGGGUACUGGCGCCAGGAGACCAAACUGAAGCAGGGAUUUUUACACUGAAACCAGCCACCACAUAUCACAUUCGGAUUGUCGCCGAGAACGAAAUCGGUUCAAGCGAACCUUCAGACACGGUCACUAUUAUUACGGCAGAAGAAGCACCCAGUGGUCCACCAACGUCAAUUCGAGUCGACGGCAGUGAUCAACAUUCCCUAAGAGUUUUCUGGAAACCACCCGCGCGCUCCGACUGGAAUGGAGAGAUAUUAGGAUACUAUGUCGGCUACAAGCUUGCUUCAUCAGAUAAACCGUACUUAUUCGAAACCGUGGAGUUUGUGCGGGAAGAAGGAAAAGAGCACCACUUGGAGGUAACAAAUUUGAAAACUUACACUCAAUACUCGAUCGUCGUACAAGCUUUCAACAAAGUUGGUGCCGGACCAAUGUCCGAAGAUAUCAAAGCGUACACUGCCGAAGGAACUCCUGAACAACCCCCACAUGAUACCACCUGCACUACUUUAACAGCGCAAACCAUUCGCGUGUCAUGGACUUCUCCUCCACUUAGCUCUGCCAAUGGUAUUAUCAAGGGGUAUAAAGUCAUUUAUGGUCCAUCUGACUCUUGGUAUGAUGAAAGCACAAAGGAUACCAAAAUAACUGCUUCAAGUGAAACAAUCUUGCACGUUUUGAAGAAAUACACCAAUUAUACGAUGCAGGUUCUAGCCUACACCUCCGGAGGGGACGGCGUUCGCAGUAAUCCAAUUCAUUGCCAAACUGAACAAGAUGUACCCGAAGCACCUGUCGCAAUUAAGGCUUUAGUUAUGUCGACCACUUCGAUUUUGGUGAGUUGGAAACCACCUCAGGAACCGAACGGUAUUGUCGAGCUAUACACCGUAUACGUAAGGGAGGUCGGCUUGGCGGAGGCUGAAGAAGUUAUUUCCGAAUCGACGCCGAAAACCCAAAAGAUCGCGCCGAAUAUUAAAAAUCAAAAUUUGAGUUUCCAGGCCAAAGAUUUAGACAAUAAGCUCAAGUACGAAUUCUGGGUGACCGCCUCGACCAACAUCGGGGAAGGGCAAGCGUCGAAGAGCGUCGUCAUGGCUCCCAGUGCCAGAGUUCCGGCCAAAAUUGCAUCGUUCGAUGACACAUUUGUAACGACCUAUAAAGAAGAUGUGACUCUUCCAUGUUUGACAGUAGGCGUUCCACAACCCGUUAUCACCUGGAAAAUUAAAGGCAUUAUUUUCGGGAGCAGCGAGCACAUUCGUCAACAACCCGACGGUUCCUUAUUCUUGCGUGACGUCACGCGCACUGACGCAGGCGAAUACUCUUGCCACGUUGAAAAUUCUUUCGGCCAAGACUCAGUGACUCACCAACUCAUUGUAAACUCACCGCCUCGCUCGCCUCAAGUUACCCUAACUUCUACGACCACCAACUCGCUGACAGUUAAGAUUAAGCCUAGCACCGACGAUAGUGAGCCCAUCCACGGUUAUACCAUUCACUACAAGCCUGACUUUGGAAAUUGGGAAACGGUCCAAAUUGACAGCCAAACUCAAAAGUACACUCUGGAAAAUUUACUUUGCGGCACUCGCUACCAAGUACAAGUCACCGCUUACAACAGCAUCGGUACCGGGGAUCCAUCCGAUAACUUGAACACACGAACUCGCGGCGACAAGCCCGGAAUACCGUCCGCAGAUAAAUUCAUCGAAGUAUUGUCGAACAAUGUCGUCUUGCAUCUCGACGCGUGGUCCGACGGCAGUUGCCCGAUGCUUUAUUUCGUCAUCGAACAGAAAAAGAAGACAAGUAACGAGUGGAUUCAGGUCGCUAACAGUGUAAAACCGCGCGGUAAUUUCCUGCUUUCCGAACUCGAUCCCGCCGUAUGGUACCAUCUGAGGGUGACCGCACAUAAUAACGCCGGAACUAAUGUGGCCGAAUACGAAUUUGCCACGCUGACGUUGACUGGAGGAACCGUAGCGCCCGCUCGUGAAUCGCCCGACGCCAAGUUACUUUUCCCUUGGCUACCCGACUGGAUCGAUUUAAACAUCGUCGUGCCGGUAGUCGCUACGGUCACUGUUAUUUUUGUCGGGAUAAUUGUCAUUUGCGUUGCGUUGUCGAGAAGAUCACACGGACCGCAGCAAACUCGUCUGCGUGGUGAUUAUGAUGUUGUUUAUAACCAGUCAGUAAAUGCAACGUCAACAUUGGACAAGAGGCGACCAGAUUUACGAGAUGAGCUCGGUUACAUCGCACCACCGAACAGGAAGCUACCGCCAGUGCCCGGCUCAAACUACAACACCUGCGAUCGCAUCAAGCGAGGACCUCAUUAUCGUACUCAUUCAACUUGGGACCCUCGAAGACACCUUUAUGAAGAGUUAAGCAACCGCAGAGGCUCUAACGAAACUAUCCACACUCAUAGAGGCAUGGAUGACGAAAUCUGCCCGUAUGCCACCUUCCAUCUGCUUGGUUUUCGCGAAGAAAUGGAUCCCAGCAAGGUACAACAGUUCCAAACGUUCCCCCAUCCUCAUUCCGGCACAAUGGGACCGUCCGGCAUGAAUACACCCCAUCAGUUACAUUCGCGUUCAGGAUCACAAUCGAUGCCACGAUCUAAUCGCCGUUACGAUCGAACUGGAUCUCAAGGAAACGGCAGCAUUUACUCUCCCGGACCCGAAUACGACGACCCCGCCAACUGCGCCCCCGAAGACGAACAGUACGGAUCCCAAUACGGCGGAUACAAUGCACCGUACGAUCAAUAUGGUAGUCGCGGUUCCAUUGGACGCCGCUCAAUGGGUUCGUUACGCUUACAACCUGGCAACACCAGCCCCGAACCUCCACCACCGCCGCCACGCAAUCACGACCAAUCAUUCAACGAUUCCAAAGAUAGUAACGAAAUCUCAGAAGCCGAAUGUGAUCGAGACCAGCUCAUUAAUAGUCGCAAUUACGGAGAAAAGGAAGAGGUAAUGAGAGGUAGUACAAAGGAUGGCAUGUCCCACGAAGAAAUGCGCAAACUGAUUGAGAGAAACGAAGCAGGGCACCAAACCACCAGUCUCAACGGGGGACUCACAACCUACGAUACUGUGGCAGUGUAAUCUGUAAACCCCCAACGAGAUUAUUAUUACAACGUUUUGUGACGUCGUCGAUCCCUAAUCGAUCAUGUCACGAAACCGCACCGAGUGUUUAUAAAAAUAUUUGCGACAUCGUUUUUGGAGACUGACAUUUAGUUAAUUUUUUAUACGCUACGCUAAUUUUUAAUUCCGCCACAAAUUUCGUACCGUUUGUACUGAUAUUUUUAUAAAUACUCGAAAUUUUUUUUUUAUCGCGUAUUAACCAAAAAAUAGAUUGGAUAUUAAGAAAGAAACACAUUUUGCCAGUAGGUUUUUUUUUGUUUUUAAUUUAGUUAUGUACAUUGGCUCAAUGUGUCAUGUGAUAUUUUGAGGUUUGUGACUAUAUUGUGUUUGGCUUGUUUGGUUUUAACGAAUCUGUGGUUGAUCAAGUGCUCGUGCCAAAAUUGAUUGAUCAGAUUGCAGGCAUAGGUGCUUUGUAUAGGUAUAGCUUCCUUAUCGAGCUAAGGUUGUUUUAUUUUCGUUAAAUAUAGAUGUAGGAUUGGCCGGUUUAUGGACAUUUCAUGUUUUUUGAUGUUUGAAGGUUGUGCAACGCCAAUCGUUUCGCUUUUUUUGUGUGAUAUAAGCUUCACACGAAUUUUUUUCUGUUGUUUGUAAUUAGUAUUUAUAUUAAUACAUACUACAUACAUAUAUAUACUUAUAAAAACGAUAUCAGUGUUUAUAUAGUUAAAAUAUAUAAUAGAAGAAGCAUGCAAAAUUAAGAAUUCCUACUUAGUCGAUACAAAAAGAACUCUCUAAAUGGCGGCUCAAGUAGUGUCGACAUUUUUUUUUAUUUUAUCCAUUUGGAGUGAACCAUUUUGUGUCUACUGUAAUAUUUGUACCCCUUUUGAAUAUACACAGCUUGUUCUCCCAAGAUGUUUUAGAGUAUACUAUAUAGCUUCUAUGUAUUUGAACAUUAUGGCACAAUACUUCAUAAGUUACAAGAUAGGAAACACACGGAGAGGUGUUUACAGUUAAUUAUACAACAUUUAAUCUAACUAAGUUCCUAUAGAUUCCAAUCCUUGUGUUUAAGAGAAAUUGGUUACCCAUUAAAUUAAAUUCCAUUUUUGCCGAUUGACAAAAAUUGGCGCGCAAAUUUAGUUGAGGAGCCAUAGUGUAGAUGUAAUUGUAAGUGUGCGAUUAUAUAAUCUUAGCUGUAAGUUAGUGGAUUUUCAAAAAUGUUAUUAUCAAAAUUCUUCAAGCUUCCAAUAUGUAAUACCUAUACUUCUAGCAAUAUUUUUAUUACUCACACGAAAACAUUUUUUAUUCGCAACGUUUUUUAUUCGACUUUGUGCUCUUUUGUAUUGGAAUUGUAAGAUAUUAAUUCACAGUAUCUGUCAAAGUGUUUGAGGUGACUGAUCUUUAUUCUCAGUUCACUUUUUGUUGAGGUUUAAUUGAUCUUUGUGCAUGCCAUAAUAUUUAGUGUAAUAAGUCACCCAAAUCACUUUGGCAAUGUGAAUUUUAACUCAUUAUAAAUGUACCAAAGUUGUAUUUCUUUACAUUAUUAAUUAAAGACUUAUUAAUUUUA